GCGUGUGUAUGUGUGUGUGUGUGUGUGUAUGUGUGUGUGUGUGUAUGUGUGUGCGUACAACAAGGAGAGAUACAUCUAAUGCCUUGAUUCAAACUAUAGGAGAAAAUGUCUCCAUUCUGCAGAGUUUUCUUAAUAGACUCAAUAGGUCAAUGGAUUUGAAAGCACCUCCUUUCAGCAUAAAGAUCAAAUCUGCAGCCAAGUGGACUGAGUGACAUUUUGGCCGUGUCCUUGAAGAAUCUUCCAGAUCCUCCUCUUCUCUGGCUUUUAAAUGAAGCUCUGUGACUGAGUCUCCUUGACCAUGAGCGGAGGAGUCCACGUGAAGUCGGCUCCCAGGAACCAGGCUGGCUCCGGCAUCCCCACACCGCGGAGUAUGCUGCCCACCCCCAAGCCGGACCCCCAACACCUGGUUGGGGGUCUCCCACACCCCUCCAGGCAGAUCCCUCUCCCAGCCAAGAACUCCCUGACUUCCUCCUCGUCUAUAUCCCCUGCUUCCCGUGACCUGCUCAGAGACACGACGCUGAGGAGCCGGGUCCUCCUGCAGAGGAGCAGCAUUCCCCUGGCCCACGCCGCCUCCAAGGCUACCUGCGCCGCUCUGCGGUGCGACGGCACCCGCUCGGCCUACAGCAGCCCCAGCAUCUCCCGGAAGGUGGCGCCGCGCUCCAAAGACACCAUGGACGCGCCGCAGGGGGCGUGCUCCCUGGAGGCCCUCCGAGAGCCGAGACGCAACGGGAACAGGAACGGGCCCGCCGGCGCCCCCAGAGCCCAGCAGAGGAGGCUGGACAACACGGAGCACCCGGGGAGCAAAGUGCCAGCCGCGGAGGAGAAAGGAGGCCCGUCAGGCCAGGACAGAGAGCAGACCCUCUGCCCGUACAAACCCAACAAUGCCAACCUUGUGUGUGGGCUCCCUGCGUACGGACUCGGUGCUCCUCCGAGGUCCAAACUGAGCCUGCAGCGAGGCAAGGCCGGCAGCCUGUCUGACGAGGAGAUGGAGACCCCCGAAACUCUGUCCCCCGCCACGCCCGCGCCCGUGCCCAUGCCCGCCAAAGACCAGCGUGACAAGCCACCCGAGGGGAAGUCGGUGCCAGGUGUCAACAUGGCCGCCAUCGCGCCCUUCAGGUACAGACUGCAGGUGCAGCAGGACAAUGAUACCUCAUCUCUGGAGGACCUGAGUGACUGCUCCUCUGACUCCAUGGAGGUCUGCUGUGAGGACCUCUCCACGGGAGGGAUGCUUGGGGCUAGUCUGAAAGGCAGAGAGGUAGCACUUGAGGCAGAGCGGGAGGGGAGCAGCGAGACCUACGGCCAGGCGGAGAGCAAGAGGACGCCGGGCAGCAUGGCCGCCAGACGGGGCAAGACGGGGAUCCCGGCAGCGACCCCCCGAAGCGAGCUGCGGGUGUAUCGUGGGGGCAACCCUGAGGGUCGCCCACCUGUCCCCGCUGGCCUCCGCAAACAGAAGUCGCUCACGAACCUGUGUGUGCUUACCGACGCCGAGAAGAAGAUGCAGCUCAGCGAGCCCAAGUGGUGCGAUGACAUGAGCAAGCCGGCCAGCGCGCACCUCAAGGCGGGCAAGCCCAAGGAGGCGGGGUUGGGUGGCAGCGUGGGCGCCAGUCCGCUGUCCCGCAGCCUCUCAAAGUCGGAGCACUCCCUCUUCCAGGGCAAGCCCAAGCCGUUCAGCCCCCUGGCUGCCCCUACCACGUUGGGCAAGCCCAGCCGGAUACCCAGGGGGCCCUACGCCGAGGUCAAGCCUAUCAGCAAGGCGCCUGAGCCGGUGGAGGACAGCAAGUCGGACGACGAGAUCCUCUCCAGCAAGGCUAACGCUAAUGCCAAUACCAAAAAGCUCACAGACCCGCCUGGCCCCAUGGGCAAGGGACAGGGGGUGGAUGGGGAAGGCAAGCCCUACCUCAAGGUGGACCCCGAGCUGGUGGUUACUGUGCUGGGAGACCUGGAGCAGUUGCUCUUCAGUCAGAUGUUGGACCCGGAGUCCCAGAGGAAGCGCACGGUACAGAAUGUUCUGGAUCUCAGGCAGAACCUGGAGGAUACCAUGUCCAGUUUGCGGGGGUCGCAACUCAGUCACAGCUGCCUGGAGACCGGCGUGUGCUACGACAGCGACGAGACCAACGCCCGCAGCGUCUCCAGCCUCUCCAACCGCUCCUCUCCUCUUUCCUGGCACUACGGCCAGUCCAGCCCCCGUCUCCAGGCUGGCGACGCCCCCUCAUCCACGGGGGGGCCGGUCUCGGGGACGUUCGGACCCCACGGCACGCCGGUGCGGGCCCCGAGUCACCUCAGCCGCAUCUCGCGCAUUGAGCUGGUGGAGAGCCUCCACGCCGAAGAUGGCAACCUCAAGUCAGGCUACUUGAGCGACAGUGACCUGCUGAACAAGAGCCUCCACGAGGACAACUAUGAUGAGGAUGAUGAUGAGGAUGAUGAUGAUGAUGAUGACCUGGCCAACGGCUGGGACGAGAGCAGCUCCAUCAGCAGCGGCCUGAGCGACGGCUCGGACAACCUGAGCUCCGAGGAGUGCAACGGCAGCUCCUCACUCACCUCGCUGCCCACCUCGCCCGUCGGCUCGCGCCGCAACUCCGCCGUCGUGCUGCGCACGGAUGCGGAGAAGCGCUCACUGGUGGAGAGUGGCCUCUCCUGGUACAGCGAGGAUGGCAAGGCACACCACAAGGCAGACAGCAGUGCCUACGACACGGGCAGCCUGAAGACAGAGUCCUCCCGCAAGUGGAGGAAGUCCCGCCCCCAGGAGACGACGGGGGGUGAGGACGGCAUGCCCAAAGGGGAGCUGAAGAAGCCCCAGACCCUGGGCCAUCCCGGGGCCCUCAAGAAGGGCCGCAACCCCCCCGUGGGGGUCACGUCCCCCAUCACCCAUACCUCCCAGAGCGUACUGAAAGUGGCAGUUCCCAGGAGUGACCAGAAAGCCUUAGACAAGGCCAAGAUGGCGGUGAAGGCCACAGGGCUCCAGCGCUCCUGCUCUGAUGCCGGCAAAGAGCGGGGGGAGACUCGGAAACCCCCCUCCGGCCUUGUGCGGCCCUCUCCAUCUGGGUCCUUCGGGUACAAGAAGCUAACCCCAGCUACGGGUACUGCCACAGUCAUGACAGCAGGGGGCACCACCAUAUCCGGUGGCUCGGCGACUGUAGGCAAGACUCCCCGCUCCUCCGGUAUCCCCGUGAAGCCGGUCGGUGGGGGAGGAGGAGGCGGUGGAAGUGGGGGAGGCGGGGGGAGGAAGACUAGCCUGGAUGUUGCCAACUGCGAUCCCGGAUUUCUUUCGCCUAACGCCCGAACUAACAUCCAGUACCGCAGCCUGCCGCGGCCUGCCAAGCCCAGCGCCAUGAGCCUGACGGGCCGCUGUGGGCCCCGGCCCGUCAGCAGCAGCAUGGACACCAGCGUGCUCAGCCUUAAACCCGUGUCACUCACCUGCGCCACUGGGGGCACUGGCGGCUCCCGGCUGAAGGAGAUGGCCGCUAAGGCGGGGGGGCGAGCCGGAGCUGGGCCCGUGAACCAGACGGACCGCGAAAAGGAGAAGGAGAAAGCCAAAGCCAAAGCGGGGGCCUCGGAACCCGAGUCUGGCCCGUUCAAGUCCACGCAGGUCCCUGGAGACUCCGGAACCAAAAUGCUGGGCCCACGGCCAUCCACUGGGGGCAGGCUGUCCGAGUUACCCUCCCCCAGCACCCACAGAGCUCAGGGUAAGCUGUUGAUUGGCAAGCCGGUCUGCCUCUCCCAGCUGGACAGCCUGAACUCCAACAGUGAGGACGGCGGACUGGCCAUUAACACGGAGCCACCCCCCAAAGAGCCGUCCUACUCCAAGCUCCAGGACCUGGCAGCCCCCAGUGGGGUGGGGACACCCUGCCUGACGCCCAGCCCUGCCCCUGUCCUCAACGUCAACUCCCCAAGCUGCUUCGGUGACUCGGCCUUGCCGUACCCCCGCCUGUCCGGCCUGCACCGCAGCAUGGAGUCCCUGUCCCUCCCCAUGAGUGUGGCGCCCUCCGACGGCUACCCUGGUCCCCAGCCCCAAGACGAGGAGAGACCCCCGGGGGGGUGGCUCCCCGGCGGCAAAGCCUCCCUCACGGUUACGGAAAGCUCCCAGAGGGAUCGGAACACCCUGCCCAAGAAGGGAUUAAGCAGCCGCCAAUCAGAGGAGGAAGGGAGACGUCACUCUCAAACAAUCGUGGGCCUGACGGAGUCCCAGACCCCCCCGCAGCUGCUGUCGCCCACGUCUGUCUCCCAGACCUCCAUUGGGAAGGGAGCUUUCUCUGGCAUUGUGGCCCCCCCACCUGUUGGCAGUGCCCCCCGCAUGACCCGCUCCAACAGCAUCCCAGCCCACGACGGCACUUUCGAGCUGUGCGGCGCCUCCCCCCUUGGUAGCACGCUGUCGCUGGUGGACCGGCCGCGGAGCAUGAUCCGCUCCGGAUCCUUCCGUGAGCCGGGGGAUGAUGUGCACGGCUCGGUGCUCUCGCUGGCGUCCAGCGCCUCAUCCAGCUACUCCUCGGCUGAAGAGAGGAUGCAGGGAGAGCAAAUCCGCAAGCUGAGGAGGGAGCUGGAGUCUUCCCAAGAAAAAGUGGCAAAUCUGACCACCCAGCUGUCUGCUAAUGCCAACCUGGUAGCCGCCUUUGAGCAGAGCCUGACCCUCAUGACCGCACGCCUGCAGUCCCUAUCCGUCAGCGCCGAGCAAAAGGACUCUGAACUGUUGGACCUGCGUGAGACCAUCGAGAACCUGAAGACCAAGAACACAGAGACCCAGGCCGUCAUCCAGGGGGCGCUCAAUAACCCCAACAUGACUCCCAAAGAGUUACGGAUCAGGCGGCAGAACUCCUCUGAGAGCAUCUCCAGCCUCAACAGCAUCACCAGCCACUCCAGCAUCGGCAGCUACAAGGACGCCGACGCCAAGAAGAAGAAGAAGAAGAGCUGGUUAAAGAACUCCUUCAACAAAGCCUUCAGCAUCAAGAAAGGCCCCAAAUCAACUACGUCCUACUCGGACAUCGAGGAGAUCGCCACACCCGACUCCUCAGCUCCCUCCUCCCCGAAACUGUCCCAUGAAUCAGGGGACGCGGCCCCCGUGUCUCUCCAGCCCCCGCCCUCCGCCGCCUCUGCUCCAAUUGCUGAGGGAACACAGGUGACGGAAAAUGAUGAAAAGGCGGUGACAGACCUGCGCUCUGAGCUGUGGGAGAAGGAAAGGAUGCUGACGGACAUCCGGCUGGAGGCCCUCAAUUCCGCGCAUCACCUGGAGCAGCUGCAGGAAGCUAUGAACAACAUGCAAUCGACCGUUGAGAACCUCAAGGCUGAGAAUGACCAGCUCAAGACUGGGACAGUCACCACCCUCAACCCUGGACCAACUACUUCCACAUCCCAGCCGUCAGGUCUGACGUCACUCCUAGCCUCAUCACCACGACAGUCUAUGACCAUGACCCUCACAAAGUCUUUCAGCAUGAGCCUCAAUGAGAGCCCUGUGCCAGACAUCUCCCCAACAAACGCAUUGAGUCUUCUCCCUUCCCAGAAGGAUGAUUGUGUACGAGUGGUUGUCUGCAUCGUUGAUCAGCAUGUCUUCAAGGAUGAAGUAAAGCAGCAGGACUUCUUUAUUGGCUCCAUCAAGGUCAAUGGCAAAACAGACUGGACUGUGCUGGAUGCAGCCAUCUGCCAGGCCUUCAAGGACUACAUCAACGUAGUGGACCCUGCCUCGAGUCUUGGGCUAUCCACAGACUCCAUCUACAGCUAUCAGAUCAAUCAUGGAAAAAGGGUGCUUGGGGCGGAGCCUCCAGAGACCACGCCUUCCCGCUGCAUGGCCCAGGGCCCUUGCAAUGUCAUUGUGACUCUGAAAGGCCUGAAGGAGAAGUGUGUGGACAACCUCGUCUUUGAGACUCUCAUCCCCAAACCCAUGAUGCAGCACUACAUAAGCCUCCUGCUGAAGCACCGCCGCCUUGUCCUGUCCGGCCCGAGCGGCACCGGAAAGACCUACCUCACCUACCGGCUGGCCGAGUAUCUGGUGGAGCGUAGCGGCCGUGAGGCCAUGGAGGGCAUUGCCGUUACCUACAACAUGCACCGUCAAUCCUGCAAGGACCUUCAGCUUUACCUAUCCAACCUGGCCAAUCAGAUUGACCGGGAGAGCGGUAUAGGUGAACUUCCAUUGGUCGUUAUCCUCGAUGACAUCAGUGAUGCUUCGGCGAUUAGUGAGCUGGUCAAUGGUGCUCUAACCUGCAAAUAUCAUAAAUGCCCAUACAUCAUUGGAACAACUAACCAGCCGGUGAAGAUGACGCCCAACCAUGGAUUGCAUCUUAGUUUCAGGAUGGUGACGUUCUCCAAUAACGUGGAGCCAGCCAAUGGGUUUCUUGUACGCUACUUGCACAGGAAAAUGGUUGAAGCAGACAAUGAUAAUUUGGAGAGCCAGGGGCUUCUACGGGUGUUGGACUGGGUACCAAAGCUCUGGUAUCACCUCCACACCUUCCUGGAGAAGCACAGCACUUCUGACUUCCUUAUUGGACCCUGCUUUUUUCUGUCCUGCCCUGUGACCGUGGAAGAGUUCCGCUCCUGGUUUAUUGACCUUUGGAACCAUUCCAUCAUCCCGUAUCUGCAAGAGGGUGCGAAGGAUGGCAUCAAAAUCCAUGGUCAGAAGGCAGCUUGGGAGGAUCCAGUUGAAUGGGUGAGGGGGACACUUCCGUGGCCUUCAGCCCAGCAAGAUCAGGCGAAGCUGGUUCACCUGCCCCCACCUACCAUGGCUCCUGGAGGUGUGGGACAACCCAGCGAGGACAGGGUGGGUAAGGAGAACCUGCCCAGCUCUAUGGAGUCGGACCCCUUGAUGGCCAUGCUGCUGAAGCUACAGGAAUCAGCCAAUUACAUCGAGUCUCCUGACGGAGAGACGUCGCUGGAUCCCACUUUCCAGGCAACCCUUUGAAAGCCAACAGGACGCUGAACCCUGAAUCCUCCAGACAGCUAAUGCUGUUACACCAGGACCUACGGUUGGUCCUGAAGGCAGCAGAGUUUGUCUUCUAUGUUAGUUUUGCAGAGACAAAAUAAAAUAUCAUUAUCUGUUCUAUAUUUACUAGAACUCAAAAAUAUGACUAUUGAAAACUACACCUAGCAGGGUUUUACCUUAUGAACAAAUAAUUUUCCUAUACUUUUACAAUUUAUUUAAUCUUUAAAUGCAUGGCAAUCAUUGCAACAAUUUCAAAACUGGAUUUUUUUUUCUUGAAGAAUAUUUAUGAUAUAUCGUAUAUAUAUUUACUUUAAGACGAUGUCCUCCAACUUGGGUCCAUUACUGUCCUACUGCUGCCCUCAAGAAGGAAACAGGUGCUCAUCCGAGAACCUCCCUGGUCUUCACAGCUUGUGUCCUAAUAUGCACAUGUGACAUUAAUUAUAAAAAGCUGGCCCGUGACCCACAAAACUUUGAUGCAGUAAUAAGACCCUGCUACACUGGUAUACUCUGUGCUGUAUGAUUGUGAAAUGCAGUUUUCUAUAAUAAACAUUUCCCCAUUCUUAUUUAAAAACAAAGAGCAUCUAUGUCCUGUCUAAAGGUUAUUAUGGACCACAUUAUGUUGCCAGUCACAAUCUUACUGAAUGACAAACUGACUGAAUGACAAACUUCUGAAUGGCAAACUGUGACAUAUUUCAUUUGGCUAAGAUGACUCUUUACCCGUAUAAUCUAUGAAAUUCCUAAAUAUUUAUGUUUAAACAAGCCAGAUCAGAUCUUGGAGAAGUAAACCCAAAAUGUCCAAGCUGUGAAGACCAAAUAUUCGAAAAGUAUGCAAUUUAAUAAACACACUGACACAAAUGGUGCUCAAACAAAGGCCUUAAUAUAUUGAGUCUCUAAUAUGUCCUGAUGCUGAAGAUCAUUUUUUAAAUCUCAUUUUAAAAACAGGUACUGUAAGUAGCACAGGAAUUAGAUUUUUAUUAAUUUUAUUUUAGUUGUAAGUACCGGCGGCAAAUUGCAGGAAUAAUGGUACUUUUUGAGUCUGAACCCACAAAAAAGUACGAGUGUAGUUAAAAAAAUUCACUUUAAUUUGCUGAUGUUAUAGUUUUCAAGAGGGUAGAGUAUUUACUGUACACAUAACGGAAAACAUCCAGAAUGCCCUACAAGUGCAGUUCAUCUGCUAGUCACAUGGGGGCAGUAUUUCCUCUAACCCAAUGUUCUCGUUUUGAUUCAUUUUAUUCACUUACCUUUUCCAUCGUCAACACUAUUACCAAAAGGUUUCAGUCGGAUAUGACUCGGAGUAACAGGGCAGAAUGGAAUUUAUGAUCCUGCUUAUACUGAAAUUUGGAGAUUUUGUGUGUUAACUAAAUAACAUCUCAAAUGCCAAUCACCCUAACUGACAUUUUUCGAACAUUUGGGUGGACUUAAAAUAGAAUGUUUAGGAGUUCAUAUUUAAACUAUGUGAAAACUAAAUUUAAGUUCUCACAAUGAAAACAGAAUGAUGCUAUCAUUAUAACUGAACUCCCAGAAAGCUCAAAGUUAUCUUAAGAGCCACAAUUAACUAAUAUAGAUUGAUCUUGGUUCGUGGUUGAGAGAAUGAGGAGAGUGAUGACCCCAGUGAAUGUACACUGUCAACGUGCUGAUCUUUUAAAAAUAAUACUUUCAGUUUGUUAGUCACAGAAGAGCUGCAAUGUUACUUAUGCUGUGCAGCCUCAAACCAAUGCUGCUGAUGAAGCAAGAGAUCACUGGAAAACGACCGUUAGCAUGUUAAGCCUUCCAUUAAUGCAGGGGUGUCAAACUCAAUCACAGAGGGGGCCAAAAUUAAAAACUAGGUUGAAUUCGAGGCCAAACCAGGUCAAUAUUUAUUGAAAGUGUCUUACAUUGACCAUAUUUAGUCAGACGUAUUAUGACUAAUUAUUCAUACAGAAAUAUGAACUUUUCUCCCAAGACAUCUUAGAAUUCAGAACAAACCAAGCUGACACAUUAAACAAAGAAAUGAGAGAUCACAUUAAAAAUAAUACAAAACACAUCAAUGGCAUUAAUUUUUUUGUACGUCUAAAAUAUUAGUAAGGUGCGUAUUGUUACACCCAUAAGUUAGUAGUCUGUAUAAAUUCGGCAUAUGCUUAAGUUUAUUAAAUUCGGUGAGUGAAGCACACCACAUGCUACUCUUUUGGUAAAUCAUGGAAGCGAUAAGCACUGAAGUGGCGGUGAAGGAAGGGACAGCUCAGGAGCCUCGUGGAUAAGGUGAAUAACGUUAAAAGACGUUGGUGGUGUGGCGGUACUUUCUGCAGUUAAAAGUCCCACACAUUUAUUAAACAUAAGGAUAUGCCGAAUUUAUGCAGAUUACUAAUAUUUUAGGUGCACUACUAAUCUGCUUAGCAAACUGUGAGCGUAAGUAAACAUCCAUAUGGUACCAAAAUGGUGACGUCCAACAAAUGUUUCCCAUGUUAUCUAAAGCCCUCUUUGUUUCGCGUGCACCAUAUAAUCACGAGUGCAUGGCAAUGUGAUAUGGUGCAGCCCUACCUUGAUUGACAUGCCAGCUAUCGCUGUGCAAUGUGGGAUUUGUAGUCCCAAUGAUGUGCGUGCUAUAUACCAGCUGGCCAGUUCUGGUAGAAAUAGGAUAUUAUCAGGCAUGGGUUGGAUACAGCCACAUCCGGCCCGUGGGCCUUGAGUUUGACACCCUUGCCUUAGUACCUCAGUUUCUGGAUUUGAUUUAUCUGCCAGAUGCAUUCAUGUGAACAUCUUCAUUUUGAUGAUUCAUGGAUGUGGAUGAUUCAAUGAGUUCUGAAUAGGUAAUUCACAGAAAGUUUUGAAUUUGAGUCUGUACUGAAUAAAACAGGUGUCAGUACUCAGUACCUGCGGAUUAUAAGAGGUACACACCAGUACUGCGUACCGCUGGCCCACUUCAGGCACUGGUACUGCCAGCAUUUGGCCCAUAUGGGAUAUAGAAAUGUCUGGAACUACUUUCAGAAUCCAUAUAGGUGUGGCCAUAAUGUCUCAUGAUAUCUCAGCCUCAGAGCUGGAUGAUCGACAGGGGACUUUAUCUGAAUGCUAAUGUUUAGGGGUUAGUUGCAGACCAGUGACCUCCAAUUAAUGCUCCAAUGUUGAGGGAACAUUUUCAUGGCUAUAGGGUGUGAAUGCAUGAAGAUCUUUCUUUCAGGUGGCUAAUGGAGAUGGAACACAAAGUUCUAAAUGUGGAGUGCACGCCUUUCAGAUUAGCCUUGCUCCUCCUCCUCCUCAACUCUGUCCUCAAUCGUCUUAACAUGUAAUGUAGCAAAGGGACAAAAAAAAAAAAAGAUGUUUCUUUUAGGAUUUUGUAACAACAUAACUUUAGAAGCUACCUGUAUAUAUGACUGUCAGUGCUUUGACCUUGUAGCAAAAGAAAAGAAAACGUCAUCUUCCAACUUAUCAUUUAGUUUGAGUUAAACCACGUCUCUGAGACCGGCCACUUAUGGACUGACUCAUAAUUAACCGUUUUGUCUAAUGCUUUUCAAAAUUUUAUUUUCAAAAUCCAUUGUGCAUUGCUUUUUAUGGAGCUUUAUAAUUAGUUUUCCUUUUGGGGGGUUUAUUCGCAAGCUCAGCCAAAGGGCAGAGAGUGGCUUUUUACUGUGCUGGACACCUUCAACACAUGAGCCACUAGCUGCUUCUCCUAAACUUAUUCCUCAUGGGUACUUAUAGAAGACUCAUAAAUAUCAGGGCGUUUCUGGAUAAACCCCUGCCUUCACAUGGAAAGACAUGUUAUCUAUUUCUGAUACAUGGAAGUCACAGGAAGUGAGGCGUUGAGAAGCUUCGCCAUGAUGUGGGUAGCUGAAGUCAUUUUGGUCCGACAGCGCCGAGGUCCCUGUGUGAAACCUCACCGGUUGUGGUUCUGCCGGAUUUGCCGCGUGAGUUUGUGCGUCAUUACGAGGCCGUUGUACUGGCUGGGAUUCACAGAUCAGGAAUUUGGCCAGAAAAGCACAUCAAUGCACUUAUUACUCUCAUCACGCUUCAUCAUCCUGGACUGAACCUACUGCAUGAGUGUGAACCUACUGUAACGUGUAGCGUGAUUGCAUUGAUGUUUAAAACAAACAGUCAGUGGCAGAUGAGGGUAAAUGUCCCAAUAUGGGCUGUUUUGUUGAUUAGAUAUUCGGGUCUGUUGCCUAAAUGAACUGCAUUUCAUUCCUCAAGCAUCCAAUAUUACAGUGUGGUCAAACUAUUUGUUUGAGUAUGAGAGCUGGCAUCAGAAUGGCAGGCUGAAUAACCACAACUUGUUGACCCAUCAAGAGGUGUGGAAGAGCUGGACUUUAUUAAACUGAAUGUUACAUUUUUUUUUUCUGAUCACAUUUUCAUCUUAAUUAAAAAAAAAUGUUUUGGGACAGUUGUGCAAAGGGAUCAUGUCCGAGUUACAUUGUUAAGAGAUCCAAAUGCCAUUUUAAACAACAGAUAUCUGCUUCUACACACAACCUUUCCUGUCUUGAGGACAAAAAUCAAAACAAAAACCAAGCUUAAUUUUUUUAAUUUCGACCGUGUUCUAAUUCUGAAGCCAAUGCAGAUUGCUAAAUAGUCACAAGUGUUAUGUUUUGCAAAAAAAAGAGAAAAAAAUGGUGUAAUGGUGAUAUAUAAUGUAACUGACGUGCAAAUGUGAUGAAUCAUAAAUGUUGUCAAUGCAUGUCACACUGCUGUGUUUGCAGAGCUGGUUGUAGGAGCUAAAUAUGUUUCCUGGGGGAAGGGGAGGUCCAUUUUUUAAGAAACAGAACCUUUUUGCCCUAAUUAAUCACUUGUAUAACUUUGUUUAUAUUUUGUACGGGAAACUUUGAUUGCAAAGAGUGUAAAUAUUUACUGCAUCCGCGACAACAAUCACAUCAAAUCACACCUAAGAAGAAAUCUGCACGUAGAUUGUAUGGUAGGCUCAUUUUUAUCACUUCUGUGCAGGAGAGUCCCGCAAGGCACAUGACGGCAUGUUCUCAAAACGGCAACGAUUCCAUAUUAACAUUGUUCAUUUACUUCAAUAAAGUAAGGAAAGAUAUUGUUAAAUCAAA